AUGGCUGCUCUUCCCCCCGAACUGCAAGUACUCAUCGCUGACCUGGCUGCCCAGCACGACCGCUUAACCGCCCUGGCCUUGUUGACCACUUCGAAAUUGCUCUCUCCAUCCGGCGUAAAAGGCCUCUUUGAGCAUCCAUUCUUGCACACGCUGGCUCAAGUACAGAGCUUCACCGCAGCUCUUCAAAGGCCGCAAUUGAAACCUCUGGUCAAGAGCUUGGCGAUAGAGGACCGCUAUCUGAACCAUUCGACCAGCUUGGCGCGCUUUCCCGAUGCAUGGCAGCCGCCGGAGGAGGGUCCUGACGAGCGCGAAACGGCGACCUAUCGACUUUGUGAGCUGAUCGAGGAGCUGGUGACUGUGCACAACCUCUCCGCUCUCGCCCUCACCGUGACGGGUGCUAGGAAUUUUUUGGACAUUAUGGAAAUGCAAAGAAGCCUUAUGAAGCAGUACCGCAAGGCGCCUCCUUUCUCCCAGCGCCUUGCCAUCGACAAGCUGGCCAUCACAGGCUCCGAUAUCCAGUCAAAUUUCUUGUUCGAUUGGUUCCUGCCUCGACAGUUGAAUCUCUAUGUAUGCGACGACAGUCUCUGGGGCAUGGGAACGCAUAACUGCAUGUUCUUUGCGCUAGAAGAAGCGGACCCAUCCCCUGAGCUCGUCCUCUCUGUUGGAAAUGUCGAUGCCGAAGGCGAAGCAGCUGCUGUAGAAGCGUUGCUCCCGCUGUUCAAGAAGGCCCAAGAUGCGCGAGAGGGGGUGCGCUCGGCGGGGGUGCGCUCACGCGUGGUGCUGCGCUUGCGCCGCAAUCUCGUGUGUCGCAAAGCAGUCGAGCCUGUCAUUGCGAGGGCGCAAGGUCGUAGUCGCUACGAGCUUCGAUACGCCAGCUGGGAUACGAGGGAAGCCAAGACUCAAUUGGAAGCCGAGCAACUAGACUUUUGCAGCGGUGCUUGGCGUCAAGUCGCGUGGGGUGGCCAUGACGCGCGGGCGCGGGAUGGCGCGCGGGAUGUCGCUUCGGAUCAAGAUCACGCGCGGGAUGACGCGGACGCUCUCGUUGGCCCUCUCGAGGGAUGGUCUAACGAUGCUUACAAUGAUGUCACGCCGGAAGAUGACGAAGAAUAUGUUCACACCGAGGCUGAACUCGAUAGACGGCGCGCGGAGAUGGAUGACAUUUGGAUCGCCUUGGCGCAACCCGGCCGCGCGCCCCAGGACUCGGCGCCCCAGUAA